AUGAUCUUCCGAUGCAGUCUCAAAAAUGAGCCGAACAAUAAUACCACUAAUGGCGCUAGGGUGAACCUCGUACGGUACGAUUUCGUUGUUGUUAUUAUUGCCAUCGCCACAUCAGCACAGGUCCGGGUGCUUAUAUCAUCACCAUCUUAUCGCAAUCAAGAAAAACAUCGCGGCUUCAACGGUCUCACCCCACAUGUACCGCCCGGGAUGCCAGCAUAUUUCUACCACUUGAAUUUCGAAAUUUGCCGACCCAGAAGCCAAUCAUCUACAAAAGCAAAAAGACCAUCUCUCGCUAUAGACCCUGCAUGGGAAGCUCUCCUACCAUUUCAGAGGCGCAGGCCAUCGAGCUCCAGUCCCCCAUCCGGUGCGGGGAGCCACCCUCAUAAGAUACACGCCAGCAAAGAAUUCACACUAAAUAUUCGACCUAAGCAGUCUCAUUCCCCUCUCGGUCGCUCCAGAGUCACUGAGAAUCUGUCUCUGCCUCCCGAAUAUCGUCCGACUACAUCUCCCCAAACCCGCGCCGAACUCGAAAGCGACUGUCGCUCUGAUACAAUCUCCAUUCAGUGUAUUGACAUGAUCGUGCCAACCAAUUCUCCGAGUCGUGCCAAGAAUACUGGUGCCUCUGGUGGUGGCGAAGAAGAAAACCUUGUUGCCACGGGCAUUGGAACCGAUAUCUUAGGUGGUCUACGCACUAAGGGUCACUACAUCCCUCUUGAUCAGAAAGUCGGCGAUAGCGUCUGGGGUAUUGUGCAUUUAUACCGUGAAACCCUAGAAACGCCGUAUCUCCUCAACAGCGACGAUGACUACCCGACCUACCUCAAGGGCUCGGCUGCCGCAGCCCGACACCCCGGUGAACAGCAGAUAUCGCAGUCCGGAACUGGGAUGGGGACUAGUUCGGCCGAUGCGGGCGCAUCGUAUCCAUUCCCUGUGAUGGCAUCUUCGCCGGCUCAGUCUCCUGAGGAUGAGUGCUCGACUUUGUGUGUUCUGGCUGUGCCUUCUUAUCUGUCUUCGUCGGACUUUUUGGGGUUUGUGGGUGAGAAGACUAGUGAUGUUGUCAGUCAUUUCAGGAUGAUCAGGACUCCACGCGCGAAUCGAUAUAUGGUUUUGAUGAAGUUUCGCAGUGGGCGAAAGGCUAUGGAGUGGCAGAAAGAGUGGAAUGGGAAGGUUUUUAAUAGUAUGGAGCCUGAGACGUGCCAUGUUGUUUUUGUGAAGUCGGUUGAGAUCCAGGUCGUUGAGCCUGGGCCACCUUCUACUUUCGUCGAUGACGCUGAUGCCAUACCGACACCGGGUCGGCUUGCUGUCUCUUCUAGUCAAGCGAAGCUUUCUACAAAACCUCUUGCGCCACCGACGCCGGCGCUGGUUGAACUGCCGACAUGUCCCGUUUGUCUGGAGCGAAUGGACGAGACUACGGGUCUGUUGACCAUUAUCUGCCAGCAUGUUUUCCACUGCACGUGUCUGCAGAAAUGGAAAGGCAGCGGCUGUCCUGUGUGCCGGUACACUCAAGACGAGUUCCGCAAGAGCGGCAUGAUCACCGAUUCCGAUGGUGAUCCAGUCGAGUGCGCGACUUGUCGUACCGAAUCGAACUUAUGGGCUUGUCUGAUAUGUGGAGAGAUUGGAUGUGGACGUUACGACGGUGCGCACGCUUUUGACCACUGGAAACAAACAGCCCACGCCUUCGCCAUAGACCUCAGUUCCCAGCGCGUCUGGGACUAUGUAGGAGACGCCUACGUGCACCGCAUCAUUCAAAGCAAAACCGACGGUAAACUGGUCGAGCUCCCAGCGGCAGAUCACAGCGCCUUGGACCCGCCAGACUGGGGCGAUGCCGUGCCCCGCGAAAAGCUAGAGAACAUGAGCGUUGAAUACACACACCUCCUCACAAGCCAGCUCGAAAGCCAGCGCGCCUACUUUGAAGAGAUCGUCGAGCGUGCAGCCGACAAAGCAUCACAGGCUAGUGCUGCAGCCGCCGCAGCAGAAUAUGCCGCCAAAAAGGCAAAAGCUUGUUUGAAAGACCUACAGGAAAAAUAUAACGAGCUUUCCGGCGAUACUAUCCCCUGUCUCGAGCGUGAUCGGACCCGGUUCGAGAAACGCGCCGAGAAGUUCGAGUCUAUGGCCCGCCAGUUGGAAAAGGAGUACCGCGAGGAAAAGACUAUGAAUCAGAGCUUGAUGGAAAGAGUUGAUAUUCUGACUACGGAUAAUACCACGCUGAAGGCUGAGAAGCUUGAUCUUGCCGAGCAGAAUCGGGACUUGACGUUCUUUAUUAGUGGGUCGCAGCGCUUGCAAGGGCAGGGCGAGGAUAUCGUUGAAGGGACUGUUAGUGUUCCUGUUCCCGAGCCAGAGGUGAAGAAAAAAAGAAGAAUAAGGGGAAGGGAAAAAAGUAGUAUUGUAAUUUAUGUAUAUGAUUAUGAUUAA